UUCGUUUUUGAUGGUGAUGCAGGAUGGCGAAUCCGGCAGGAGGAUGCUUUUUUUAAUCUGGAGCGUUCUUCUUUCCUAUCAAUGAAAUUACAUCUGCCCAACCGUCUUGAUGUUAUGAAAUAAUUUAGUCUUCUCAAGACAAUUAAUUUGAAAUACACUGGAACUGCAGGUUUAAAUGCGCAAGUGGACCUGUGGGAAAUACGCGAGUGGACCAAUCCCAAUCGCUGCUAAUUGCAAUGCUCGGCUACUGUUGACAUCCAAGUGACAAUGGUGUGCUGCAGCUGUCGGGUUUUUCUUUAACGGUCUGGUGGUAUAAAAGCUUCUGCUGAACUGGUUGUGAAAGUUUAACUGAUCAUUUUUCUUGUCCACAUUGAGAUGGCGGAUGCAUCCGAGUGCGGCGUAAAAGUAAUGUGCCGUUUUAGGCCAUUGAAUGAAUCAGAAAUCACGAGAGGAGACCAAUACAUCCCUAAAUUCAGGAAUGAUGACACGGUGAUCAUAACGGGCAAGUCGUACGUCUUUGACCGAGUUCUGCCUCCCAACACAACCCAAGAGCACGUCUACAACACUUGCGCCAAACAGAUUGUGAAAGAUGUUCUUGGUGGAUACAAUGGAACUAUCUUCGCCUACGGCCAGACCUCAUCAGGGAAGACGCACACUAUGGAGGGAAAACUCCAUGACUCCCAGCUCAUGGGGAUCAUUCCCCGAAUCGCGGAGGACAUCUUUGACCACAUCUACUCCAUGGACGAGAACCUUGAGUUCCACAUCAAGGUCUCAUACUUUGAAAUCUACUUGGACAAAAUAAGAGACUUGCUAGAUGUGUCGAAGACCAACCUUGCUGUACAUGAAGACAAGAACAGGGUUCCCUAUGUCAAGGGCUGUACGGAGCGGUUCGUCUCCAGUCCCGAGGAGGUGAUGGACGUCAUCGACGAGGGGAAAGCCAACCGCCAUGUCGCCGUCACCAAUAUGAAUGAGCACAGCUCCAGGAGCCACAGCAUCUUCCUGAUCAGCAUUAAGCAGGAGAAUGUAGAGACGGAGAAGAAGCUAACAGGGAAGCUGUACUUGGUCGACCUGGCUGGGAGUGAGAAGGUCAGCAAAACUGGAGCAGAAGGAGCUGUGUUGGACGAGGCCAAGAACAUCAAUAAGUCCCUCUCUGCCCUGGGAAACGUCAUCUCGGCGCUGGCUGAGGGAACUAAGAGUCAUGUCCCCUACCGGGACAGCAAGAUGACGCGAAUCCUCCAGGACUCCCUGGGGGGGAAUUGUCGGACCACCAUCGUCAUCUGCUGUUCCCCGUCAGUCUUCAACGAGGCUGAGACUAAGUCCACGCUCAUGUUUGGCCAGAGAGCCAAGACCAUCAAGAACACGGUGUCCGUGAACCUGGAGCUGACGGCCGAGGAGUGGAAGAAGAAGUAUGAGAAGGAGAAAGACAAGAACAAAAACCUGAAGAGCAUGAUCUACAGGCUGGAGGCCGAGCUUAGCCGCUGGAGGAAGGGUGAGGCCGUGCCUGAGGUGGAGCAGCAGCUCAACAGCAAGGACCAGAAGAGCACACCCCUUAUCGCCAGCCUCGCCCCGUCCAUGGGCCUGCUUUCUGCUGUGGAGAAGAACAAAUAUGAGGAGGACAUCAGUGAGCUUUACAAACAGCUGGAUGACAAGGAUGACGAGAUCAAUCAGCAGAGCCAGCUGGCCGAGCAGCUUAAUCAGCAGAUGCUGGACCAGGAAGAGCUGUUGGCGUCGACCCGGCGGGACUAUGAGAAGGUCCAGGAGGAGCUGUCUCGGCUGCAGAUGGAGAACGAGGCGGCGAAGGAGGAGGUGAAGGAGGUGCUGCAGGCGCUGGAGGAGCUGGCUGUCAAUUACGACCAGAAGAGCCAGGAGGUGGAGGACAAGACCCGUGCCAACGAGCUGCUGGUAGAGGAGCUGGCACAGAAAACUACGACCCUGACGACUGUGCAGAGGGAGCUGACUCUGAUACAGGAGCUGAGUAACCACCAGAAGAAAAGAGCUGCAGAGAUCCUUAAUCUGCUGCUCAAGGAUCUGACUGAGAUAGGGGGAAUCAUCGGCACCAACGACAGCAAGACGAUGACAGAGUCGAACGGCGUGAUUGAGGAGGAGUUCACCCUGGCCCGGCUCUACCUCAGCAAGAUGAAGUCGGAGAUAAAGUCCCUGGUCAAUCGCAGCAAGCAGCUGGAGACGUCGCAGGCCGACACCAACCGCAAGAUACAGGCCAACGAGAAGGAGCUGGCCUCCUGCCAACUGCUCGUCUCCCAGCACCAGGCCAAGAUUAAGUCUCUGACGGACUACAUGCAGAGUGUGGAGCUAAAGAAGAGGCAGCUGGAGGAGAGCCAUGAUGCGCUGUCUGAGGAGCUGGCCAAACUGAACGCCCAGGAGAAAAUGCAUGAGAUGUCAGUGAUGGACAAAGAGAAGGAACGCAUGACCAUGCUCCAGGAUGCCGAGGAAAUUAAGAAGACCAUGGAGGAGCAGAUGGAGAGCCACAGAGAGUCGCACCAGAAGCAGCUGUCUCGCCUGCGGGACGAGAUCGAGGAAAAGCAGAGGGCCCUGGACGAGCUGAAAGAUCAGAACCAGGGUCUGCAGCUGGAGCAGAAGAAGCUGGUCUCAGACUUGGACAAGCUGAAGGUCGAGGAGCAGGAGAAGGAUGUGCAACUGCAGAAGCUGAUCCGACUCAACGAGAAACGAGAGCAGGCCAAGGAGGACCUGAAGGGUCUGGAGGAUACUGUGGCUAAGGAACUGCAGACACUGCACAAUCUGCGCAGACUGUUUAUCCAGGACCUCACCACUCGUGUGAAAAGGAGUGCCGAGCUAGAGUGCGAUGAUGAAGGAGGCAGUGUCGCACAGAAACAGAAGAUUAUCUUCCUGGAGAACAACCUGGAACAGCUUACUAAGGUCCACAAACAGCUGGUGCGUGAUAACGCGGACCUGCGCUGUGAGUUGCCGAAGCUGGAGAAGAGGCUGCGGGCCACGGCUGAGCGGGUGAAGGCCCUGGAGACCGCCCUGCGGGAGGCCAGGGAGACGACCAUGCGCGACCGCAAGCGCUACCAGCAGGAGGUGGACCGCAUCAAGGAGGCCGUGCGCACCAAGAACAUGACCAGGAGGGGGCACUCUGCCCAAAUCGCCAAGCCCAUCCGCCCAGGACACCACCCAGCAUCCUCCUCCCCCACCAUGGCCAAUACCAUCCGGGCCGGAGGGGGGUCCAGCCACUAUGCCCAUCGCCACCACAACAACAAGUAAUAGACAGAGUGAGUAUGCCAGCCCCACACUCACUAUCUACGUUAAAAGCCUGCUUUUUAACUUGUGACAGUCUGUGUACAUUAUAUAAAUGUUCAGUGGGUGGCAGUAUAGUACAGCAGAACCUCUAUCUUGGGGAAUCAGUGGUGCUGGAAAAUAGAAAAUUCCAGAAAGUAGAAUGUGCCUCAAAGGUAAUAUAUUAGGAGUCAUAUUAGUACAGAAUUUGUGUUAUUUUAUUACUCUAGGCCCCCUCUACUGGCCAAACUACUUUACAGCACCUGCUUCAUGAAUCUACCACAAAAUAAACGUGCAACAAUGUACAUUCGGUGUCCGGCUAGUGGCGUAUUUGCCCACUAAGCAUCCAAUCAGCAUGGGAUGUAUUUCCUUGGUGUAUUUUCCAUUUUUGUUGAAUUAUUAUUUGUUUAAAUUACAUGUCAUUAAUAUUCCCUCACCCCCACUGUGAGUCCAGUGGCCUGAUUACAUGGACCACUUCGGCUGAAGAGGAAAAAAAGGGGGAAAGGGGAAAAUGCACACAAAAUGUUCCAAAUUCCAGGACACGGAACAUUCCAGAAUGUAGAAUGCUGAGUAAUAGAUGUCAUAAUUGAUGCGGAAGUGGGCUUGUAGCUCAGAGACUGCAGGUUUGACUCCCAGAGGGGCAUUGCCCUUUUACCAUUGACCAGGGCCUGAAUUUCCUUGCACAUAUUCAGCUGCAUAAAUAAUGGAUGUUGAUCAAAAUAUCAUGAUAUUAUGAUUGAAGAUCAUCUUACAAUUAGAAGCAGUUAUACGUAUUUGUCUUGAAUAUUUAGAAAUGAAAGAAAGCUGACAUUAAAUGGUCUAAAACGUUCAUCCUCCUGUUUCAGAACUGCUUGUUGCCCUGAACUGACAGAUUGUUGUGCUGCCAUUAGCUGCCUGGAUGUAAUGGAUUCCUCAGGACCUAAUGCACUCUGCAUACUGAGUUAUUACAGAUUUCAAACUUGAUCAAUGCCAAUGUGAUACCAUACAGCAGGGAUCAUAGGAUCUGGCCCUCAAUUCGAAAUCCAGCCCUGGUUUUCCACUGGGUAAUUAACUAAAUAAUUAGUGCUACUGAUUGGCCAGACAGUCUUCAUAGCUGACUCUCAGGUAAAAGAGGACCUUGUGGACUGUGAUUUCAUGAUCCCUGCCAUAGUGUAUGUGUUUUUCUUUCGUGAGGGCAUGAUCUCAUGUUUUUCUCCUUUCUUUCUCUCUCCAUCCCUUUUUCUCCCUCCUCUCACAGCAGAUGGAUGCUUGAUGAAUCUCAUGUACAGUUUCCUCUUCUCUCAGUCUUCUGUCUCUUUGUCUUUCUCUUCCGUCUAUUUCUUUCACCCUCUGCUAUUUGUCUAUUUCUCUCUCUCUCUCUCUCUCUUGCCCUCCCCACUCCCUCUCUCCAUCUCUUGCCCUUUAGCUGUGCUUUAGCAGAGACUGCUUCCUGAAUCGUGUUGUCAAUGUUUGCGGGUCGGUACGUAUCUGUGUGUGCCCUGUAAGGUGUAGGGUUGUUCUGAAGCAGGUGGGCCGGCUGGUGCAGUGUGCGAUUAAGUUGUGAUGACAUCACAGAGGCUUUGAUGAUGUCACUGCAUCAGCACGGUCCAUCCUGUGCACAUACCCCUCUGUUCCUGUGCCAUAGUGCUCACAAACCCAUCAUUCCUCUUUCAUUUCUGUACGGUAUCAGCUGUGGGCAAGGCAGGCCCAAAGACACCACAUCACGGUCUAUGUGAGAGCAAGUUGCCACGUUUUUCCUUUGCAGAGAGAGACAAGGUGAGAGUGAAAGAUUUCAGUGAGCGAGAGGAAAUUGUGUCCAUUACUGGCACCCUCAGGAAUAACAUUAGGGAGGUCAGGGUCCAGUGGUGGGGAACUCCUCUUGUGAAGUGGCAGCUCGUGACUAAAGAUUAACCUUCGCAAACUACCUGAUAGGAAAUGUUGUUUAUUUUAGAACUAAUUUGCUGUUAUUUCUUUGUCGGUGUUGGCACUUCAGUGAAUUUGAUUAUUUCAUGGCGUUAUUUUCUUAAUUUAGCUUUGUUCACUGGGAAAAAUAAUCUUUUAUUUUUGUAUGUUUACUUAUAAAUUAUGUAUAAAUUAUUAUUUUUAUUAUUCCAUUUACCAAUAUCUUUACUGAAACUUGCUCUCACCUCGUUUAUACAAAAUAUGACAUCACAUGCUGAAGAGUUUGCGGUAAAAUGUAUGAAGUAUGUUUUAAAAAAUCUAAAACAGGGAAGGUAUUAUAAAUGUAUAUCUUACCAAUUGCAAUUGAAAGAUCUUCAUAUUGUGCUGAGCUGGGAAAAAACUGAAAUGGCUUUGACAGAACCAGAACCUACAAUCACUUAUGUGUAUAUGUAUUUUCUCCAACUUUUAUCCAAUGCUUAGUGAUAGAUUUUAUGUCUGAGCAUGGUGAAAUACCGGGGCAAAGUUCAAAAUAACCCGAAACAUUUGAUGAAAGUCUUCUGAGAGGAACUUCCAACUCCAGGCAUCAUCUGUCAAUCAAACCCUUACCCUCAGGAAAUGGAUUUCAAAGGGAGAAUCUAAACUUUUUGUAAAUGAUUCCUCCCCAGACGUUUUUUUAUUUUUUAUUUUCCUGUUGAUGUUUCACAUCAUCGGGUAUCAUGUCAUGUUCAUUAUUGUUUGCUAUAAUGAUGGUAUGUUGUAUGUGGUAUGAGAAAAGAACCCCUCCCAGAGCGUACGGUAUUGUUAACGGUAGUCACUGCAUUGUGAAUUGAGUGCAGCCCACACAGAGUACUGCAAAGACACUGAAUAGCCACUCAGUCUUUCUUUCAGUGAACAAGUGGAUUUGUGCUUCUCUCAGUGCAGUUUCUACCUAAUAGUAAAUUGCUAGUGCCAUUCAAGGAACCCUUUAUAAACUUUAUGGAUAUUAAUGCAUCAAGCAGUGCAUAAAUAUCCACCUGUAUUCUUAAGUAUUUAGUACAUGCUUACUGAAGCGUAAUUUGAGUUUUUGUUAACAUUUUUGGAAACACCAAAAGUUUAUGUAAAUGCCAUUAAUUGUUUGUCUUCAGUCCAGGCCUGAGAAUGUUGCUAACUGUAUGGGGCAUGUACAACUAUUUCAAUAGAAAGUAGACUGUUCCCCUGCAAACUGUUAACCUUGAUGCCUUAAUAGUCGACCUACAGAGCCCUGUUUUGGGUAGUCCAAGAUGUGGGGCUGUCUGUCUUGAAGUAUUAAGACAUGGCAUCCACAAUUGAUGAAAUUUCUAAAUUCCCUUGCCAAAUGCUGUGAAGCAUGAUUUUCUGGGUUCUCUUGACAAGGUUAGUAGACGGAUCUCUGAGGGGUUGUUAUGGUGAAACUAUAAUCAGUCUGUGUCGGCAAUUAAGUUUUUGGUCAAGAAUAUUCACAGCACUUCUCCACUUUUACACAGUCACGUUUUAUAAUGGCACCCAGAAUGCAUUGCAUGCGGAGUGUUUGAUGUACACUUUCCACAAUGAAGCAAGUGCCACUCUAAGCCUGCAGCCCUGUAUGGGGGCCUUUCAGAUAAUUCUUCUUAUUAAUAUUCAUUAAUGGCCAUUGUGGGAAUUAGCCUCAAGGAGUUAUUUUCUCUUCUACAACUGUUUCACAUUGAAUUGGCUAACCCCUAGUUUUGAUCAGUGAUGGCAAUAUUGGGUCUCACACUGGGUUUAUGUACUAUUUUGUAUUAAUUUGUACACAGUUUUGUGAUGGUUAAUUCCCCAAUUUGGUCUCUGCCAUUUGUGCAACACGUCACUGUUUUGGUAUUUUUGUGAUGGAAUAAUUGUGGGUUUGUGGAACUAAUGGAGAAUGUAGAUUUAAAACUAGUUUCAGCAAUUUCUUUAAAAUAUGAUCAGAUUAAGAAUUUGGUACUUGAAAUGAAGUGGUGUGAACAUUUAUUUUUGAACAUGGAAACAAUCCAUUUAAAAGUUACUCUGUGACACAAUCCUAUAUGACUGGACUAUUUAAAGAAAACCCUAAUAAUGUCUGUACUCUGCUGUUUCCAGAAACAACCUGUUUUGUCAUUACGCUCCAUUACAAUAUUCAGCUGAACAGCUGAAUAUUCAUGCAAAUAUUUAUUUAUUUAUUUGUUUAUUUAUUUAUUUUACCAACAGUUCACUUUGAUGGGGUUUUGGUAUGAUUAUUUUGUAUUAUUGUGCCUAUUAGUCUUCAGAUAUGACGAUUCGGCUAUUUCAUCAAUGUGUUCCUUUCUGAUUAAAAAAACUUCGUUGUAAGGUUUGAACGGAAUAUUUAAUAAGCCAAAAGUCCAAUUUUUAUAUAUUUAUAUCCAAAAGCGAGAAUCAUUCCCUUUCUCAGCUGUUAGUAAAAACACAAACACUUAACUUAGGUUUUGUGCAGACAGUAUUGCUCUGUUCAGUAGGCUAGUGAAUUCAGAUUCCUAUUCUUAAGUGUUUAAAGAAAAGUUCAUCUGUCUGUUCUAUUUGUAAAAUUUGCAUUUAUAUACCCGAGGUGUCGUGGCCGUAUCUGGAGAGUUUUGUCAAGGGCUGCAACAUGAGCCUGGUUAAAACAACGAGAAGCAAACGGACAGAACUGUAAUCAAGGUUCCGCACAUGGAUAGGUCUUAGCCAUACUGUUCAGGUUUCUGUCGGACUGAAGCCGAUGCCGCGUGGUGUAAAAUGUUAAAGAAAUAAAGUCACAAUCAACGUCA